GCGGUUUCAGGCUGUGUUGGGGAAUAGUAGUCUCGGGGCGAGACGACCCAGUGGGGAGACAGCUUUCUGGCCGGGGUUGGGUCGCAGAUUUAGGUACGCGAGGCGGACCGAGACCUGGUGACGAUGGCGGGGCCGCAGCCUCUGGCGCUGCAGCUGGAACAGCUGUUGAACCCGCGACCACGCGAGGCGGAUCCUGAGGCCGACCUGGAGGAGGCCACUGCUGCCAGAGUGAUUGACAGGUUUGAUGAAGGGGAAGAUGGGGAAGGUGAUUUCCUGGCAGUGGGUAGCAUUAGAAAACUGGCCUCAGCCUCCCUCUUGGACACAGACACAAGAUAUUCAGGCAAGACUACCUCUAGAAAAGCUUGGAAGAAAGACCACUGGGAGCAGGCUCUGCUAGGCUCAUCUGAUAAGGAAGUAUCUGAUGACGAAGUAUCUGGAGAUGGAGAUUCUGAGGGCCUGGCACUGGAAGAGUCUGAUGAAGAUCAUGGGCAUGCUGUUGAAGUACAGGAGACUGACAAUGGGGAGAGUGGACGGGCCUGGAGGGAGAAGAGAAUUUGCUCUGGAAAAACACCAGGCUUCAGUGUCCAGAGCAUUAGUGACUUUGAAAAAUUUACUGAAGGGAUGGAUGAUGUUGGGAGCAGUGAGGAGGAGGAAGAAGAGGAAGGUGAAGAUAAAGAAAGUGGCAUGGAAGAAGGAGAUGGUGAAGAAGACUUUGAGGGUGAAAGUGAGGAGGACAGGGUUGAAGACAGAAACAGUGAAGAUGAUGGUGUGGUAAUGACGUUUUCCAGUGUCAAAGAGUCAGAGGAAGUGGAGAAAGGAAAAGCUGUGAAGAGCCAGAUAGCACUGUGGGACCAACUCUUGGAAGGCAGAAUCAAACUACAAAAGGCUCUGUUGACCACCAAUCAACUUCCUCAACCAGAUGUUUUCCCUAUUUUCAAGGACAAGGGUGGCCCAGAAUUUACCAGCGCUCUAAAAAAUAGUCACAAGGCACUUAAAGCUUUGUUGAGGUCAUUGGUGGGUCUUCAGGAAGAGUUGCUUCUCCAGUACCCAGACACUAGAUACCUAGUUGAUGGAACAAAGCCCAAAACCGAAAGUGAGGAGGAGAUUUCUAGUGAAGAUGAUGAGCUGGUUAUGGAAGAAAAGCAACGGAGAAGGGUCCCAGCAAAGAGGAAACUGGAAAUGGACGACUAUCCCUGCUUCAUGGCAAAGCGCUUUGCUGACUUUACGGUGUACAGGAACCGCACACUUCAGAAGUGGCAUGACAAAACCAAGUUGGCUUCUGGAAAACUGGGGAAGGGUUUUGGUGCCUUUGAACGCUCAAUCUUGACUCAGAUCGAUCAUAUUCUGAUGGACAAAGAAAGAUUACUUCGAAGGACACAGACCAAGCGCUCCAUCUACCGAGUUCUUGGCAGACCUGAAUCGACGGCUCAGCCUGUCCCUGAGAGUUUGCCAGGACAACCGGAGAUCCUUCCUCAGGCCCCUGUCAAUGCUCACCUGAAGGACUUGGAUGAAGAAAUCUUUGAUGAUGAUGACUUUUACCACCAGCUCCUUCGAGAACUCAUAGAACGGAAGACCAGUUCCUUGGAUCCCAAUGAUCAGGUGGCCAUGGGAAGGCAGUGGCUUGCAAUCCAGAAGUUACGAAGCAAAAUCCACAAGAAGGUAGAUCGGAAAGCCAGCAAAGGAAGAAAGCUGCGGUUUCAUGUCCUUAGCAAGCUGCUGAGCUUCAUGGCACCUAUUGACCAUACUACAAUGAAUGAUGAUGCCAGGACAGAGCUGUAUCGCUCUCUUUUUGGCAAACUCAACCCUCCUGGUGACAACAACUGA